UUUUCUUUUUGAGAUUUCUGCAUGGGAGAAACCCUGUAUACACAAGGGAGAGAGAGAGAGAAGUGGAGGAAGACAGCGGGUAUAUAACUUGCUCAAGAAAACAAACGACUGGAAGAGGUCACCUUUAAACAUUCAAUGGAAAACAAACUCAGGGUAAAAGGCCUUAGAAGAAGAUUAAGCCAAUGUGAACGUUUGCUGAAGCCUGUCUCUUUAUCCUUUGCCCUUUAAAGUUGAAGGCUUGGUAGAAAAUUGGACUGAGACGAGUUCCUGCAUUCUGGUUCUUGGACUCUAGGCUUGCUUCUUUCUCUAAACAAUUUCAAAGGAAGCCCUGAAGUUCUGUCUCACCCUUACGAGAGAUCUCCGCUUUCACUGGAUGCUGUUCUCACUAGGAGCAAAUGUUAUGCCUGAAAUUCCAUGGUGUUUCUAUCUGACAACCUCACACACGCUGUGACCAAUUUGAGAAAGAGGAGAUUCUCCGUUUUGGUGCUCUCAGUUCUAGAUACCAUGCUAGCGGAUCUUGGACAUCCGGAAGACUCUUCACCCAAGAGUGAAAACUGCCGGCACUUCCUUUCUGUGAACAGCAUCACAGUAGUGGAAAGAUGUAUGAGCUCCAUGCAAGCGGGUACUCAGAUGAUCAAACUCCGGGGCAGCUCCAAAGGCCUUGUUCGCUUCUACUAUCUGGACGAGCACAAGUCUUGUAUUCGCUGGAGACCUUCCCGAAAAAACGAGAAAGCCAAAAUCUCUAUAGAUUCGAUCCAGGAGGUGUGUGAGGGUAAGCAGUCUGAGAUCUUCCAGCGCUAUGCAGACGGCAGCUUUGACCCCAACUGCUGCUUCAGCAUCUACUACGGAGACCACAUGGAAUCCCUUGACCUGGUGUCGUCCAGUGGGGAAGAGGCUCGGACGUGGAUCACGGGCCUCAAGUACCUGAUGGCCGGCAUUAGUGAUGAAGACAGCCUGUCGAAAAGGCAGAGGACGAGAGACCAGUGGUUGAAGCAAACCUUCGAUGAGGCAGAUAAAAACGGUGAUGGUAGCCUGAGCAUUAACGAGGUUCUCCAGCUGAUGCACAAACUGAAUGUCAACCUCCCCCGGCAGAAGGUCAAGCAGAUGUUCAAGGAGGCAGAUACGGAUGACAACCAAGGGACUUUGGACUUCGAGGAGUUCUGCGCCUUCUACAAGAUGAUGUCAACCCGACGUGACCUCUACCUGCUGAUGCUCAGCUACAGCAACCACAAGGACUACCUGGAUGUUGAUGACCUAAAACGCUUCCUUGACGCUGAGCAGAAGAUGAAUAAUGUAACCAGAGAACACUGCCUGGAAAUUAUCAAUCAAUUUGAACCGUGUCCAGAAAGCAAGCAAGAAGGAGCCCUGGGGAUUGACGGGUUCACUAACUAUAUGCGCAGCCCAGCUGGGGAUAUUUUCAACCCGGAGCACAACCAAGUCAACCAAGACAUGACUCACCCUCUGAGUCACUACUUCAUCACCUCUUCUCAUAACACCUACCUCAUGGGGGACCAGCUGAUGUCUCAGUCCAGAGUCGACAUGUACGCUUGGGUUCUGCAGUCUGGAUGCCGGUGCGUGGAAGUUGACUGUUGGGAUGGGCCAGAUGGGGAGCCGAUCGUCCACCACGGCUACACCCUGACCUCCAAGAUCCUCUUUAAAGAUGUGAUCGAGACCAUCAACAAAUACGCCUUCAUCAAGAGCGAAUACCCCGUCAUUUUGUCCAUUGAGAACCACUGCAGUGUUACCCAGCAGAAAAAGAUGGCCCAGUAUCUGACCGAAAUCCUGGGAGAUAAGCUGGACCUAUGUUCGGUUGUCAAUGAAGAUCCCACUCAUCUGCCUUCCCCAGAGAGUCUAAAAGGGAAAAUACUAGUCAAGGGGAAGAAGCUACCAGCCAACAUCAGUGAAGAUGCAGAGGAAGGCGAAGUGUCAGAUGAGGACAGCGCUGAUGAGAUUGAUGAUGACUGUAAACUAAUGAAUGGAGAUGCCUCUUCUAAUCGGAAACGAGUGGAGAACAUUGCAAAGAAGAAACUGGACUCUCUGAUUAAGGAAUCAAAAAUCCGUGACUGUGAGGACCCAAACAAUUUUACCGUCACCACCCUUCCGCCAUCUGGGAAGCUGGGCUCCAAGCACGAUCAGAAGAAGAACAAACAUGAGGAAGAUGUGGAAUCCAGGGAAGAUUCGGUCAUCAGCAAACGCCACAACCGGUCACUGAUGGGCAGCUUUUCCAAACGCAAGAAAAAAGGCAGCAAACUCAAAAGAGCAUCGAGCGUGGAAGAGGGUGAAGACGACCUUGACUGUCAAGGAAAUUUAGGCAGGGCUUCCGUGCAUUAUAGCAAAACGAACCGGCAGAAGAAAACAAUGAAGUUGUCUCGUGCUCUCUCAGACCUUGUGAAAUACACCAAAUCUGUCGGGAUCCACGACGUGGAAUCUGAAAUCUCCUCCAGUUGGCAAGUUUCGUCUUUCAGCGAGACAAAAGCUCACCAAAUACUCCAGCAGAAGCCGACCCAAUAUCUGCGCUUCAACCAACACCAGUUGUCCCGAAUCUAUCCCUCCUCCUACCGAGUGGACUCCAGCAAUUACAACCCUCAGCCCUUCUGGAACGCCGGUUGCCAGCUCGUGGCGCUGAACUACCAGUCGGAAGGGCGGAUGCUUCAGUUGAACCGCGCCAAGUUCGGUGCCAACGGAAAUUGCGGUUACGUCCUCAAGCCCAAGUGUAUGUGCCAAGGUGUCUUCAACCCAAAUUCCGAAGAUCCAUUGCUUGGCCAGAUGAAGAAGCAGCUUGUCUUAAGAAUAAUCAGUGGCCAGCAGCUCCCCAAACCCCGGGAUUCCAUGCUUGGAGACAGAGGAGAGAUUAUAGAUCCAUUUGUGGAAGUGGAGAUCAUCGGCUUGCCCGUGGACUGCGGCAAAGAACAGACCAGGGUAGUUGACGACAACGGUUUUAAUCCAAUGUGGGAAGAAACCCUGGUGUUCUCCUUGAGCAUGCCGGAGAUUGCGUUGGUGCGGUUCCUGGUGUGGGACCAUGAUCCUAUUGGGAGAGAUUUUAUUGGACAGAGAACGAUUGCGUUUACAAGCAUGAUGCCAGGCUAUCGGCACGUGUACCUGGAAGGCAUGGAGGAGGCAUCCAUCUUUGUUCAUGUAGCUAUCAAUGACAUAUGUGGUAAGGUCAAACAAGCACUGGGCUUAAAAGGUCUAUUUCUCAGAAAUCCAAAGCAGGCCUCUCUAGACAGUCAUGUUGCUGGCCAUCUCAACCGCAAACACUCCUUUAGCAGUCACCUUUUACGGCGAACGGCCAGCGCGCCCACCAAAAGCCAGAAGAAACCCAAGAAGGGCUUCCCCGAGAUUGCAAUCGACACCAAAGACAACAGUUCUGAAGGGGCCAGUGAAGACCGUGAAGUUGAAGACUCCUCCCACCCUCGUUUCGAUCAAGAGCCCGAGUGCGCAUCUCCAGCACCUCCUCUUCUAGACGGUGCCAACAGAGAGGGUCAAGGAAAGGGGUUGAAAGAUGUCCGCCAAUUCCCAGUGCAGAGGUCAACCACUUCAUUAUGCAGCCUGGAGACGAUCACUGAAGAACCCUUUAUUGCCAAUGAGAACCAGCCUGCGGGUUUUCGCUUCCCUCUGCACACUGCCCCUGCCAGUGGUCCCAAAGAAGGGUCUGUGCCUCGUCGCUCCCGUGAAGCCGGAUCAGAAAGAGGUGGUCCGUCAGACCAGCUUGAGAAAACUCCGCUUGUGGUGGUUCCAGAGGAGAAAAGUCCCGUUGCUCCCAAAAGAGCUGUUGUCAGCAUGUCGCAACAGGGAGACUUCGGGAAAAGCAGCCAGGAAAGAAAUGGCUGGGGAACGAUUCAAAGCAGGGGGAACUGGCCCGGUUUGCAAACUCAGGACAACAUAGCGUUGGCCAACGGAUGGCCCCGUUUUGCUGGAAAUUGCCUGAAGCAAAGAGAGGGCAUCAAGGGAACUGAGGACAUUGCUGCAGCUGGACAACCACACCAAAACGGCACUAUGCCAACUUCCCCGCAUGAAUCUCCUCCGGUAACUCAAGCUGCCACUGAUCCUAUGUCUCAUCUGGUAGUGAGGCGGUCCAAGAGUGAAGGGCACAAACUUUGCGACUGCUCGAGACGCCCCAGUAGUUUCUCCCCGGCAGCUGAAGUGUACUCUGAUGCCACGGUCAACGAUCGUAUCUGGAGCAAACUAGACUCCAGCAGUCACAGGGACAGUAUGUCUUCCUCAUCCAGUAUGUCCUCCAAUGACACAGUCAUAGAUCUCUCCUUGCCCAAUCUUGCCCGGAAAAGCCUCCCAGAUCUAGUUGUCCAGCAUGAGAAUUUUGAGGUUGUUGCUGAGAGAAGAGUAAUGCGCCCGUGGUCUGCUAAUACUGCCUCUGGGUGUGAAAUGGCCAUGGUGACAAAGAGCAAAUCCAACCCUAACUUGAGGUCAGGCCAACCAACCAUAGAUGAGCUGUGCCCUAGACCGCUAACCAGGGGCCCUGAGGUCGGUGUGUUGUCCAUCCCCAGAAGGCACACCUGGAGCCGGCUGUUCAUGGAAAGUCUCAGACAGUCGUGCCUGAAAUCCAAAGAUCCAGAGCAAGUCGAGACCAGCCAGGCCAAAUCCAAAAGCCUCGGAGACCUUACCUCAGAUGACAUCUCAUGCACCUUUGAAAGCAAGUACCGCAGCAUCAGCCGGAGCUUCGUCACCCGUUCCAUGAGGGAACAGCGGCGCUGGACAGCUGCCAGGUCCUCCUCUAAGCCCUCGGAUGAGCUAACGGAGCAAUUGAAGAAGCUGACCACCUUCCAGUUGGAGAAUGACAUCACUUCUCCCACCAGCCUGGAGCCAAUUGAAUCCGAGGAGGAAGAGGAAGGGAUGGGCCUUCUUCGAAGGUCCUCGUCUCGAAGCCAGAGCAGAGUGCGGUACAUCGCCAACCGGGCCAAGCAGGCACAAGAGAGGCAGAGGUUGAAAAACUUGGCUCUGGUUAACGGGAGCCCCAUCGAGGAAAGGGGUAACCCCGAAGGAGCCUGCAGCUUCGCGAGAGGGGCCUGUAUGGACACAGCUUCCCCUAGUCUGUUUACAUCCCCACUCAAGAAUCAAAGUGACUUGAACACCGAGGCUGUCUUCUUGUUCAAACUCUAAUGCUGGGAAGGGCUCAACGAGGUUGAUGUUUACAUUCUUGUCAGAGCAAAACCAACAUUUUUAAUUUUUUUUUAAAUGCAGAAUGCCCUCCUUCCAAGAGAACACUUCUUCCUCAUUCCAGCCUCCCAAGGACAGUUCCGGGGCGGGGGGGGGGGGGGAAUAAAUGCAGCCUGUAGCAUUCAAUACAGAAAGAGGACAAGCAGUAUUU